GGUAAUGUUCGGUCACUCAUCAUUAUCACCCCAUACUAGGCCAGAAUCUUGCCUGUUCUAAUAUUUUAUAAAAACUGCAAGCCACCGAAGCUAAUAGUGAUAUCAACGAGGCGUACGUCCAUUUAAUUCGCCGGGCGUGCGCGGGAGGAGAUCAAUUUGGCCAGAUUCUGGACUAAAACCACUCCGGCUAGUUGACAUCAGGAAAUUAUCCAGCGGCGUUAUAUUUUUCUAAAGUAUAACUUAACUAGAAACCUAACUCGAUCAGAAGACGUCGUCUGUUCCUUGAAAUACAUUACAGGCAAGCGAAAGAAACUGGAGAAGGGGAUAUCAAAAGGCAAGAAAAUGGCACCAGCAAAAGGACUACUUGAACGUCUUAAUGAUGGAGAAACCAUCCUCUGUGCGGAGGGAUAUGUGAUGGGCUUUGAGCGACAGGGCUACAUCAAGUCUGGCCCAUUUGUACCGGAAGUCGUCAUAGAUCACCCGGAACUAGUUCGUCAGAUGUACCGUGAUUUCGUGCACGCAGGGAGUGACGUAGUCCCGGCUUUAACGUAUUAUGCCUCUCGUAAGAAGCUAUCUGAUGUCGAUCGAGAAGACAAGCUCGAGUUGACCAAUCGUCUAGCGCUGAAGAUGGCUCGUGAGGUGGCCGAUGAGACAGAGACUCUGAUGUGUGGUGACAUCUCCAACACAGGAGAUUGGGAUCCGGACGAUGAGGGCAGCAAGGAGGCUGUCAGAGUGAUGUUUAAGGAGCAAGUGGAAUGGGCCGUAGAGGAGGGAGCGGACUACAUCAUAGCAGAGACAUUUAGUAUCUUCGGUGAAGCCAUGAUGGCCUUAGAGUGUAUCAAAGAAUAUGGAAAAGGCCUCCCAGCGGUAGUGACCAUUUCACCAAGGUAUAUGGGGAAUGGACGAGUAGAACUCGUAGACGAUGUGGAGAUGAUAGACGGUCUCAGGCAACUAGAAGCGGCCGGAGCUGCCGUGGUGGGCUUCAACUGUGCCUAUGGUCCCGCCACAAUGAUCGAUCUUCUUGAAAAGGCAUCCAAAGUUGGGUUAAAGAUCCCGAUCGCUGCAUUACCCGUGGUGUACCGAACUGAGAUGUACGAAAACUGGUUUCAGCUCAAAGAUGCGAAGACAGAAAAACUAACCUACCCAACCGAUAUCGACUGCAACCAAUGCAACCGAUCCGAUAUCAAGGACUUCACCAAAAAGUGCAUUGACCUGGGCAUACAAUACAUGGGGCUGUGCUGCGGGAAUGCCCCUCACUUCACCCGAACCAUGGCCGAAACUCUGGGCAGGAAACCCCGGGCUUCCCGCUACUCUCCCGAUAUGUCGCUGAGUGUAGUCUUCGGGACAAGUGACAAGAUUAGGAGGAAUUCGUCGAAGCUCUACUCGAGAGGAACAUCAAAGUUGGAGAAUAACAAUGCGUGUCAAUGAUCUCCCCCUCAAUCAAAACUCUUCUACUCUCCCCCUCCCCACUUCCUUCCUAACUCU